UAAUUAGUCUUCUCUAAAUAAGUGCAAGGAGGAAAAAAAAAGAAAACCUUCCAUCAGUCUUGUGUUUGUAGAAGUUGUCAGCAGUCCUGCUUUGAUUGUAAAGGGUUUACAGCUUUAUGUUUGAAUAGCUAAAACAUCUGUUCAGCGACAUUGUGAAAUCCUCAUGUUCAGAACCCCUGAUAAGGGGGACUGCUGAGCGAUUGGCUCAUAGAGGCUCUCCAGGCAGCGGGGGCUGUACGUACAGUGGUCACCGCUUGCCUUCCCUCCUCCUGGUCAGAGGAAGACAUAGGAGACAGCUACAAUUUUACACGUGAUUUUCCUUUGAGAAGGAGAGAGCAGGAAGUGCCUAGGAAAUGGUUCAUGACAGAAACAUGGAGUUUUAAAUAGGAGAGAGGAGGAGGAGGAGGAGGAGAGCUCAUGGGCACAUUUGUGAACAGUUGAAACACUGACACCACAGCAGCAGGGGAAAACCAGACUUCUGCGACAGCAAGCACACCCCAAGCUAUCCUGAUGGAAGGAGAGACGGCACCAGAGGCCAGAAGAGGAGCCAGCAAAGCCACACGGAUCGCCCUCGGUGUCUUUGUGAGUAGCACUGUUGUGCUUGGCACCGCGCUUUUCUUGGUUAGCCAAGGUCUUAUAAAGUUUCAUCCGAAGCAACAGUACUGUUUGACUGCAGAAUGCAUUGAAGCUGCUGCUGGCAUCCUGAGCAAGAUAAAUCAAUCUGUAGAUCCGUGUGAGAACUUCUAUAGAUUUGCAUGUGAUGGCUGGAUAUAUAAUAACCCUAUUCCUGAAGAUAUGACAAACUAUGGUGUUUAUCCUUGGCUGCGACACAAUGUGGACCUCAAACUAAAGGCAUUGCUUGAGAAACCCAUCAGCAAAAGACGAGACAGUGAAGCUGUACAGAAGGCCAAAGUCCUUUACGCAUCCUGCAUGAAUGAGAAUAAAAUUGAAAAAGCUGAUGUGAAGCCCCUCUUAAGUAUCCUGAAGCACUCACCUUUCCGCUGGCCUGUGUUGGAAUCCAGUAUUGGACCUGAAGGACUGUGGUCAGAAAGGAGAUUUAGUUUACUCCAAGCCUUGGCAACUCUUCGUGGCCAAUACAGUAACUCUGUCUUCAUCCGUUUAUAUGUGGCUGCUGAUGACAAAAUCUCCAAUCGGUAUAUCCUGAAGCUUGACCAAGCAAGCCUCUCUCUGGCAUCUAGAGAGGAUUACCUAGAAAACACCACAGAAGCCAAAUCUUACCGAGAUGCCUUUUUGCAGUUCAUGGUUGAUACAGCAGUGCUUCUAGGUGCAAAUGCUUCACGAGCCGAAUCUGAUAUGAAAUCAGUUCUAAAACUGGAAGUUAAAAUAGCAGAGAUCAUGAUUCCAUAUGAAAAUCGAACAAGUGAGGUGAUGUACAAUAAAAUGAACAUAUCGGAGCUUAGUGCCAUGAUUCCACAGUUUGACUGGCUGGGAUACAUCAAGAAGGUGAUUGACACCAAACUCUAUCCUGAGCUUAAAGAUAUAGGUCCUUCAGAAAAUGUGAUUGUCCGUGUUCCCCAGUACUUCAAAGAUUUAUUCAGGAUACUAGAAAAUGAAAGGAAAAAGACUCUUGCCAACUACCUGGUGUGGAGGAUGGUUUAUUCAAGGUUAUUUAAUCUCAGCAGACGUUUCCAGUAUCGGUGGCUAGAAUUUUCUCGGGUGAUCCAUGGAACCACAACUUUGCUGCCUCAGUGGGAUAAAUGUGUGGACCUUGUUGAAAACGCACUCCCCUACGUUGUGGGUAAGAUGUUUGUGAAUGCCCAUUUUCAAGAAGACAAGAAAGAGAUGAUGGAGGAGCUGACGGAAGGAAUUCGCUGGGCUUUUAUUGACAUGUUGGAAAAAGAAAAUGACUGGAUGGACUCUGAAACAAAAAGAAAAGCUCAUGAGAAGGCAAAAGCAGUUAUGGCGAAAGUUGGUUACCCUGAGUUUAUAAUGAAUGACACAUAUAUUAAUGAAGACAUCAAAACACUGAAGUUUACAGAAAGUGACUAUUUUGGCAAUGUAUUGCAAACUCGCAAAUACGUAGCCCAAUCUGAUUUCUACUGGCUUAGAAAAGAAGUUCCAAAAACAGAGUGGUUUACAAGCCCAACUACUGUAAAUGCUUUUUAUAGUGCAUCUACCAACCAGAUCAGGUUCCCAGCAGGAGAACUACAAAAACCUUUCUUUUGGGGAACAGAGUAUCCUAGGUCAUUAAGUUAUGGUGCCAUAGGAGUAAUUGUUGGCCACGAGUUUACCCAUGGAUUUGAUAGCAAUGGUCGGAAAUAUGACAAAAAUGGAAACUUAGACCCUUGGUGGACAACUAACUCUGAAGAAAAAUUUAAAGAGAAAACAAAGUGCAUGAUUGAUCAAUACAACAAUUACUACUGGAAGCGAGCUGGCUUAUAUGUGAAAGGGAAGAGGACUUUGGCAGAAAACAUUGCAGAUAAUGGAGGUUUGAGAGAAGCUUUCAGGGCAUACAGGAAAUGGAUUACAGAAAAGAGGGGAGGAGAAGAAGAGCCUUUACUGCCAGGCCUUGAGUUCACACACAACCAGCUUUUCUUUCUGAGUUAUGCCCACGUAAGAUGCAACUCCUUUAGACCAGAAUCUGCGAGGGAGCAAAUAUAUACUGGAGCUCACAGCCCUCCACAGUUCAGAGUUAUUGGAGCCAUGAGCAACUUUGAAGAGUUCCGUAAAGCUUUCAAUUGCCCGAGGAAUACGACGAUGAACCGAGGAGCAGAAUCCUGCCGGCUGUGGUAGAUGUUCCUUCCAGGUCUUCUGUCAACAGGAGUCUGCAAUGUGAACUGCUGAGCUCAAGACCACUGCUAGAGCUUCAGAAUAAUGUUCUGAAAUCUGGAGAGGUGUUACUUCAAAUGCAUCUUCCUUAUCCAUGUUGAUGACCAGCAUGGAUCUAAUCAUCCCUGUUUAGAGCCUAGAAACAUUCCAAAUAGAAGAGGUUUCCUUUAAUGAUAAUAAUAAAAAGUAACUCAUUUUAUCCAUAAAACUACUCCUGCUCAUCUGCAGUUGCAUUGCUUUUGAUGGAUAACUGCCAUUAUCAAUUCUAAUUCCUGAUUUAUAGUUGAGCAAGAGGUAAAUGCUAAAAUCCAGUUUUAAUCUACUGCUCUGCAGGGGUGCUGUGCAGAAUGCUCCUACACAAAAUUUAUUCUUUCCGGAUGAAGAAAUUCAUGAGACCUGCUAUAAAGUCAGAUCUGAUCUGCUGAGUGAUACAACAUUUUCAUAACUUAAACUGUCACAGCCCAGCAUGCCAUAAACGAUGUUGUGUGAUGUAAAGACACAAGACUUUAUAUAAAUUCAGUUUAAUAUGUCAGAUUAGUGCCUCAGGUUUUGGAACAGUUUCAAGCUGAGGAAGUACCUCAUAGUAUCCAUCUGCUACAACUAAAACACAAAGGAUACUUGUCAGAUCGUGGCCUCCUCUAAUUUUAGAACAGCUUAUGAUAAAAAUCAAUGUAUGAUGAAAAUCAAAGGCUUGCAGAGGGAAUUCCCAACACCAUGAUACUCAUAAAUAUUGCAGCAUGUAUUCCUGUUUGCACUGUGGGUAGUUUUUUUCCCGGGGGUGGUUUUUACCUUGUGCUGAAGAUAGCUUUACCUACAUCUAUUUUUUAAGCCUGAAAUACUAUACCACUUGUAAGUUAUGGGUAUUUUAGUGUUGGGUCUUACAGAGGAUUGUAAGUAGUGUGCAUCUUUGCCCUCAUGUUCUGGAUGGAGCAGGAUGAUUUGUGAUUUUAAAGAAAGAAGAAUAUGCAACAGAAAAACAGAUUACCAGCAGCAUUUGACUUGUCUGGAUAAAAAGAGCAAUUUAGGAAUAGAGGACUUAUAAAUACACUAAAAAUGCAGGCCAGUUGAGUCUUUAAUUUGAUUUCUAACAAUAUUCAUGAAAACACAUUUUAUUGAAGAGAAAAACUUUAACAUAUAACUGUUACUGGGACACACACACAAAGAACAACUCUUUCUUUUCUAACAGAAAGAUACUUAUUUAAGUGAUAUAUAUUUAUACCUUGUGCAUUAAUUCAUUUUUACAUGGUGGAAUUUCUUUAGAUUUAAUUACUGCAAAUCCAUAUAGGUCUCUGUGUGUAUGUACUUUUAUAUAUAUAUAUAUACAAAAAAUAUAAAUUCUUUUAUAUGCUUAAAGUUUAUUUUAUCAGUAUAGAAAUGUUAGUAAGAUAAACUUUUUUUACAAGGAGUUGUCAAAUAUUGUUGGAUAAAGAAUUGAUUGGAUGGUCACAUGCAGAGGGUAGUGAGCAAUGGCUCAGAGUCCUGAUGGAAAUCACUGAAAAGUGAUGUCCCUCAGGGGUCCAUAUUUGGACCAGUGUUAUUUAAUAGCUUAAUUAAUGACAUAGACAAAGAGAUCAAAUGCACUUGCAGCAAGUUUGCAGAUGACACCAAACUGAGUGGUGUGGUUGCCACACUUGAAGGAUGGGAUGUCAUCCAGAGGGACCUGGACAAGCUCAAGAAGUGGGCCCAUGGAGAUCUCGUGAAGUUUAACAAGACCAAGUGCAAGGUGCUGCACCUGGAUUGGGGCAGCCCCCAUUAUCAAUACAAGAGGAUGAACAGAUCAGGAGCAUCCCUGUCAAGAAGGACUUGGUGCUGCUGGUGGGUGAGAGGCUGGACAUGACCUGAGCAUGUGCAUUUGCAGCCCAGAAAGCCAGUUGUAUCCUGGGCUGCAUCCAAAGGACUGUUGCCAGCAGGUUGAGGGAGGGGAUUCUGUCCCUCUAUUCCACUCUGGUGAGAUCCCGCCUGGAGAACUACAUCCAGCUCUGGAGUCCCCAGCACAGGAAGGACUCUGGAGCGAGUCCAGAGGAGGCCGCCAAUAUGACUGGAGGGCUGGAGCACCUCUGCUAUGAGGAAAGGCUGAGGGAAUAAGGAUUGUUCAGCCUGGAGAAGAGAAAGCCUUGGGGUGACCUAUUUGCAGCUUUCCAGUCCCUGAAGGGAGCCUACAAGAAGGCUAGAGACAUACUAUUUACUAGGGACAUUUAGUGACAGGAGAAGGGGGAAUAGUCUCAAACUGAAAGAAAGCAAUUUUGGAUUAGAUAUUAGGAGGAAGUUCUUUGCUGUGGGGGUGGUAAGACACUGAAACAGGAAGUCCAGAGAAGCUGGGGAUGCUGCAUCCCUGGAAAUGUUCAAGGUCAUGUUGGAUGGGGCUCUGAGCAACCUGGUCUAGUGGAAGGUAGUGGGUUGGAAUUAGGUGAACUUUAAGGCCUUUUACAACACAAACCAUUCUAUGAUUUUAUGAUUGUCCAUCAGUCAAGGUGGAGGAAGGUUUACUGAAGCUAGGUAACUGAAGCAAAUGGGAUUAUUCUUAUGUUUCUUUAGAAAGAAGUGGGACAUAAUGGAAACAUAAUUUAUGAAAAAAGACACGAUUUCGAACUACCUUCUAGUGCAAAAGAAGCAGACAUUCCUAAACUCAAGGCUCUAUUGACCCCUUUUGGAAACAAAAUAUUAUGGUUUGGAACCAGAACAUUCUUUUAUCAAUUUUCCCGGAAAAAGUCAAAGUUUUCUUAAGAGGAAAAGCAUUUUUGCUUCCUUCAUGCUAGCUCUGUUCCUGAGUUCCAUGGAUUACAAUUUAUCAUUUGAAUUGCCACUUUUUCUAGAGGUAUUUUUCACAUAAAUUGUGAUGGCAGUAUUUUCAUAGAUCUUUUCCUCAAACAAGCAGGUAUUGGUCUUCAGCAAAGGGAUACUGUUUGCCUGGUAAUGGGAAAGUUCUUUAGCAAAUUGAGUGCUGUAGUGACUUCAUUUCUGUGCUCGUAUGAGCACUGACACAACUUGAUGUUGAUUGCUUUGGAUCAACAGCACAAAGUUCAGGGUCGAUAUCCUGGCCCCAUUAAAGGUAGUACCAAUACGGUCGUUGUCCUCAGAAAAGUCAGGACAUCAACUCAAACACUUAUCUAAAUUUGCUAAAUUAUUGGACUAUGCAAAGAUGGUUUCACAACAGUUGACUUUAAAUUUUCUAAUUUUAUCUCUCAAAUCAGAGAUGCAUUUGCAAGAACUCUUCUCUCAUGGUUAUUUUCCAGUGAGGCAGAUUCUGUCUUUUGUUGUUUAUGGGGUUGUUUUUCUGUAUUGGAUAGCGAUUUCUUCUAAAUGUCUGACAUUUCUUGCCUUAAAUGUCACUCUUCCUGCUCCUUGCUAGGCUCAGGUCUUUCAUGUUUAAUACCAAGGAUUUUUGAACUGUGGUAUGUGUAUUCCCAACAGCAAAGUAAUCACUGCAAACUCUUUCAUCCUUGCUAGGAUAUCUCCUGUAGGAGGCAGGGGGCAGGUUCUGGGCUGGGGGGAUAUAGGAAGCUGAAGGGUUUGAGGGAAAUGCACUAGAAGAGAAGAAGAAAGCAUAUGACCAGAUUUUGUACCCUGAUUUUAGCAGUUGAGAUGGCACCUACACACUGCCAGGAAAGUCAGAAGUCCCUGCUGCUGACUGGCACAUUCAUUAGUAGUAUCCUAGUUUGGGGAAUCCUUGCUGUUGACUCAGGUUUUCAGUGCCUUGGGCUUAGGUCUUGCAUAUGUCCACACAAGGAUCCUGGUCUGCCUCACCUGCCUGCUUUUUACCUCAAACCAAACAGCUGAUUAUGCAAUUUACAGUUCACUUUGAAGUAAGAUACUUUCAUAUCAUUUGCAAAGCAAAGCGGAAGGUAAUUAAACGUGAUAAAACUUUUAUCACCAAGGACAGCCAAGACAUUAGUGAUGAUUUGUGAGGGCUCUUCCCAUUUUCUCUCUUUUAUUGGACUACUUGGCUAUGCUUUGUUUUCCUGUUGUGCCUCCUGGGUCUAUGCUAGCAGUGCCUUGCUGUGUUGCACUCAGGUUCACUUAUAUCUAUGCAAAAGGAUCCUUCAUCAUACAUAUAUUUUUUCUAGAGCUUUUAAAUUCUUACUUUUUUCAGUUGCCAGUAAUAUUGUGAAAUGCUUCUUCCUGUUAACUAAGUAAUCUUCUAUUUCAGGGACCAGGAGGGGAAGGAUCACCUAUGAACAAAACAUUUUUAUCUGUGUAAAUUUGAAGAGAUAUUUUUCUACUGUGUAGACAUAAAGAAACAACCUCCACUCCUGCCCCAUGUCCCCUUCUUCAGGUCCUAGAAAUAUGGAAACAUUCUAUUCUAUUCUAGUUUAGUCUAGUCUAUUCCUUCUUUUUCUGCAUUAAUCCUGAAAUGCAAAACCACCACGUUAUACACUGUGAGUAUUUCUGCUGAUCCUAUUGUGAAGGAAUUAGCUUUACACGAGUAGCUCUCUGAAAAGGCAGCUAUGCUAUUCACCCAUGUAAACUGCUUAGGUACAUAAACAAUGUCCAAGCUGGGUCUGGAUGCUGAAGGACCAAAAAAUUCAGGUGCAUUAUAAAGCUCUGCCUCAUGCCCUGUGCAGAGGGACUUCACCAUUCUUUAGGUUGAAAUGCUAUCAUGACUCUAAUUGGUUGAAUUAUUUAUAAAAUAAUCAGAUAGGUUUGCAUAUAAGUUUUUAUUGUUAUAUGGAUUGUUAUGUCAACUUUUCAUUGAGUAUUAUAUGGAGAAUUAUACAAAGUUAAAAGGCCUUUUCUGUUUAAUUCUUUUGAAUCUGGAUUUUUAUUUGAUAGUCAGCCUAUUGUACAUUUUAAUUUUUCUUUUUGCAUACUGUAUUGAUUGACCAUUUUAAAGACAAUUGUGUUAGCCAAUAAAAGCUGAAGUGAUGAAGAAUUUUCCUAUGCUCACAGUAUGGCAAGAGCUGUUUGGCUUGGCACUGUCCAACUCUACAAUGUUACUUCUGUAAUAUAUAGUCUUAAUGAAAUGUAAUAAAGAGCAUAAUGAUGUGGC